AUCAAAGUUUACUGCCUCCAUUUGUUGUCAGGGAUAGCAAUGACAAUACUUGUGUUGAUGAUAGCACACAGAUGGUAAUUAUUGUCUGGACUAUACCUUAUCAGUUCACCUGGCUGAGGGCUGUUGUCAAAGAUCCUGAUGUCUUGAGCAGAUUUUCUCUUCAUUUUAAAACCGACAGUUCUCAGUCAGUCAAUUGCACAAACCACCAGCAAGCCAGAGUCAAUGAUAGAACGGUGGACAUUCACUGUGACUUGAGUGAGGUGGUGAAACAAGUCAUAAUAACUGGCGAGGGCGUCAAGUACUUAUGUUCAGUUUACAUCAGUGGAG